AACAUGUAACUCAGUAAAAUCUUUGAAAUUAUUGCAUGUUGCGUUUAUUUUUGUUUAGUAUAGAACAAAAUGGCAUAGAAUAUACUGUACUUUUAUUUACAUAAAGUGAAUCAUACGAUAUUCUACGUAGGAUCAUUUGUAUUGCUUACGAUAAUGCACUUUCUAAAUGCAAUAGGUAGUACGUUUUGAUCAACUGCAAAGCCUAAUUUGACUCUUAAGGUCAUUGGGGUUUAUUCAUUUAUGCUUUGUCACAGGUAUGAACAAAUUGCCAUAAAUGGCCAUUACUACAAAGUUGAAGUAAGUUUGAAUUGAGGAAGUAUGGUAAAGGUCAGCUUUUUAUCUGUUCCAGACCCUGUGUUCCAGAUGCCUAUUCAUACAAUACCCCACACACACCUCAAGCCAACAUCCACCCACACACCUGAACCCAUGACACUGCUUUACACCUCUACACUAGCACAUGUUAGUAUUCAUGCCAGCAUAAUAUUAUCUUGUUUUUGUGCAAAGGUGUGAUUUGCCCAAACACAUUGGUCCUAAUAAAUAUCAUAACUAACUUCACAUAUACCUUUAUGCCACCAUUUGCAUAAUUCAAUUAAUUUAUUAUCUGACAGUGCAGUUGUGUGUGUGUGUGUGUGUGUGUGUGUGUGUGUGUGUAUAUAUAGUCCAGUAGCAGGUACAGAUGUUAAUAUUGCACAUUUGAUAUUGGCACAAAGUUUUUUUUCUCUAUCCAUCUUCACAAGUGUUAAACCAAAAUAUUAUCUACAAAGUAAAUGUACGUUUGUUGCCUUUACAAUUUUCUGCUUGUUUAUCUAUAUUACCAUAUGUGCCGUGUCGUCACAAACCUUUGUUCCCUCUUUUAACUUCCAUGAGAGGUAUAGUUAAAAAUGGCACUGAGUUGAGCCAGAUCUCUGUCAUAAUACCUUCAUAUCACCUAUAUUACAUGGAAAAUGUCACAAACAAGUUAAAAAAAGGGAACUAUGGUUGGUUAAAAAGGGCACAGAGCUGAACCAGAUCUAUGUCAUAAUACCGCGCUACAGCUAACAUGGCAUCCCUCCUGAUCCCCACUCUACUGCUGUGCUACAGCUCCCUCAGUCGCUGCUCAGAGAGCAAAGAAUAUCCUCUAGAUGUCUUCGCCCCACAGGAGGUGAAAUUCCACUCCCUAGACUACAGAAAUGUCUUGCAUUGGAAGCAACAUGCCAACUCCACCAACGACCAACAAUACUUUGUCCAGUGGAAAGUAUAUGGGGAGAAGCAGUGGACCAAUGCAAAGGAGUGCCAUGGCAUCAGCCGGCUGCUCUGUGACCUGAGCAAGGAGACAUCCGACCCCAGAGAAUGGUACUACGCCAGGGUCCAUGCAGCCCACUCAGGGACCCAAUCACCAUGGGUCCUAUCCGCCAGAUUCAACCCCAAGUGGGAGACCUCUGUCAGCCCACCGACUAUGAAACUUCAUGUGACGGAGAAAGGCAUUGUGGUCCGGCUCAAGCCUCCACGCUCUCCCCACAGGAGACCUAAUGGCAGCUGGAUCAGUGUGAGGAGGCUGCAAAGAAUGUCAUUUACUAUACACCUCAUGCAGAGUGAUGUUGAUGAGGAAACAUUUGAAAUGGAGGGCUGUGUCAAACAGCUCCUGAUCUCAGAUCUAAGCCCCGGGACCACCUACUGCCUGACGGCCGAGAGUCGCUUGCACCUGCUGGACCGUAGAAGCACCCGGAGCCCUAGGGCCUGCAUCACCACACUGAGUGCCAGGAUCUAAUGUCUUCCCCCAGGGGAAAAUGUAGCCCUGGAUUUCUCUGCCAAACCGGAAACUCAACAUGAUACUGUGACAAUCAAACCUCACUGGAAGUAUACACUGAUUUAUCCACUAUUACCUCAGGUACUGCACAGGGAUGCACUUUUAGGAUCCUUCACAUUUCUUUCAUCGAUAACUUUGUUGACAAAUGUUGUACGUAAAACAAUGAGUAGACACCAAACAAUUAAACAUUGUGAUAUGUCAUCAAUAAUUAAAUUACCACACAUAUAGCAGGGGUAGGUAACUAGAGUGUCAGAGUGGAUGGUUGGAGGGGUUGGAACACAAUUAUAAUAAUUUGUACACUGCAAAUUGACCACAACUAAGCCCAAAAUUAGAUUUCCUAAAUCAAACUCAUUUUUAGAUGAAUUCUUGGUGAUUUUGAAAGUAUUAUUUUUUUUAACCAAAAACUUUAAACUUUGGGAGGACAAAAUAUCCCACUUGCCUGUUGCAUAUUAAGUGGAAAGGGGAUACCUAGUCAGUUGCACAACUGAAUGCAUUCAGCCAAAAUGUGUCUUACGCAUUUAACCCAGCCCCACUGAAUCAGAGAGGUGCGGGGGGCUGCCUUAAUCAAUGUCCACGGGAGCAGUUGUUGUUGGGGGUUAACUGCCUUGCUCAAGGGCAGAAUGGCAGAUUUGUCCACCUUGCUGGCUCUGGAAUUUGAAUCAGCAACCUGGCCCAACGCUCUUAACCGCUAGGCUACUUGCCGCCACACUAUGCUAAUGGGUGAUAUUGAUAAAGCACAAUCAUUCCUAUCCUUGUGUAGUUGGGGUGGGGUUGCACUGUAAGAUAGAUGUGAAGGAGCUCUGCUGUUGCUCUGCAGUCUGUGUUGACGAGGAACAAAACAACCUACCGUCUCCUAUAGAAUUGCUAAGGCUGCAUUUACACAGGCAGCCCAAUUCUGAUAUUUUUUUCACUAAUUGGUCUUUUGACCAAUCAGAUCAGCUCA